AUGAAGGGCAAUUUCACUUUUGCCACCAUCAGCCAAAACAUUACCAACAGUCUGCACUUCAGACUUGUGAACAUAUCUGGCAGCAACGAGUCCACCUUUAACUGCUCACAAAAACCAUCAGAUAAGCAUUUAGAUGUGAUUCCUAUUCUCUACUACACUGUUUUUGUGAUUGGAUUUCUUGUUAAUACUGUUGUGGUUAUGCUGUUUUGUUGUCAAAAGGGUCCUAAAAAGGUUUCCAGCAUUUACAUCUUCAACUUGGCUGUGGCUGACUUACUCCUUUUGGCUACUCUUCCUCUCUGGGCAACCUACUAUUCUCACAGAUAUGACUGGUUCUUUGGACCUAUGAUGUGCAAAGUUUUUGGUUCUUUUCUGACCCUAAACAUGUUUGCAAGCAUUUUUUUUAUUACCUGCAUGAGUGUUGAUAGGUAUCAAUCUGUCAUCUCCCCCUUUCUGUCUCAAAGAAGAAAUCCAUGGCAAGCAUCUUACAUAGUUCCCUUUGUGUGGUGUAUGGCCUGUCUCUCUUCAUUGCCAACGUUUUAUUUCCGAGAUGUCAGAACCAUUGAAUACUUCGGAGUGAAUGCUUGCAUUAUGGCCUUCCCACCUGAGAAAUACGCCCAAUGGUCAGCUGGGAUUGCCUUAAUGAAAAAUAUCCUUGGUUUUAUUAUUCCUUUAAUAUUCAUAGCAACAUGCUACUUUGGUAUCAGAAAACACUUACUAAAGACCAACAGCUACGGGAAGAACAGAAUAACCCGUGACCAAGUCCUGAAAAUGGCAGCUGCUGUUGUACUGGCCUUCGUCAUUUGCUGGCUUCCCUUCCACGUCCUAACUUUCUUGGAUGCUCUGGCCUGGAUGGGUGUCAUCCAUAGCUGUGAAGUCACGGCAGUCAUUGACUUGGCACUUCCCUUUGCCAUCAUUCUGGGAUUCACCAACAGCUGCAUUAAUCCUUUUCUGUAUUGUUUUGUAGGAAACCGCUUCCAACAGAAGCUCCAAAGUAUAGUUAGGGUCCCAAAUACUUGGCUUCAAAGCAAGAGAGAGACUAUGUCUUGCAGAAAAAGCAGUUCUUUUAGAGAAAUGGACACUUUUGUGUCUCAAACCCAAGAGUGCAAUGCCUGUUAUCAAAGUGGCAACUUGUUUUGA